CCUACUCUGGUUCAGAAAAAAAGAGGAGAGUUCCCUACUGAUUUUUUAUGAGAUUGUCAUUCCAAUGAAGGAACUGACUAGUUGUGAACAGGGUGUUUACAAGAGGGAAACCUAAGCAGGAAGAAAGGUACUAGUAACUGGAAGAAGAAAGAAGUCACUUGAGUUUCCUGAAAACCAUUUGGGAGGAGAAGACAAGAAUGAAGUGCAGAAGAAGCAAGGCUCUAAUCCUCUUCAGCUAAUUUCCCCAUCCCUCUCGCAGUAAUCCAUUGCUUCAUACCUACUUAUAGAGGAUUGUGCACCAACUUGCUCCAAAGUUACAAAGCAAGGAAAACAACUUUUAAAAGCGAUGGCUGUCCCACAAGUUGACAAGAAACUGCUUGGUGAACUGGAAGUUAUGGGAUUCCCUGCCGUUCGUUCGGUUAGGGCACUCCAUUAUUCUGGUAAUUCCAGUCUUGAAUCUGCAAUAAACUGGCUUCUGGAACAUGAAAGUGGCCCAGACAUUGAUCAGCUACCGUUGGUUCCAAGAGAAAUCAGCAUUGAGUGUGGUGACUCAUCAAACGAAGUGAGAAACAGCGCUCAAGGAAUCAGGGCUCAUGCCCAGGAGAGAGAAUCAGAAGAGCAAACUGCAACCGGAAACCAGAAGGAGACUUCAAGGGUGGAAAGAGGAGCCAAUGCAGCUGAAGAUGAGGAAGAUGAUAGAAAGAAGAUCUUAGCACUAUACAAGUCAAAGCGUGAUGAGGAAGAAAGAGCAAGAGGGAAAAUCCGAAAUCAACUCCAAGAGGAUAAGAGGGAGAGGAUUCGAGCUGCUAAAGAUGCCACGGAAGCAAAACAAACUCUUGAAGAAAAUCAAAGAAAACGCAUGAUGGAAAGUCGCAAAGCAGAUCAAGAGGAGGAGAGAAGAGCAAGAGAGAGAGUUCGGCAGCGUAUACAUGACGAUAAGGCAGAAAGAAGGAGAGGACUUGGUUUGCCGCAGGAAAAUACUGUAGCAUCAGCCCCCCUCGUGCCUCCCACAAAGAUAAAGUCUAUUGAACCUGCUGUAACAUCAGAACAACUGAGAGACUACCUACGAACUCUGAAAAAGAAUCACAAGGAUGACAAUGCUAGAGUCACAAGAGCAUUCCAGAUAUUGUUGAAGAUAAUUGCCAACAUAGUAAAGAACCCAGAAGAGGAGAAGUUCAGGCGGAUUCGACUUAGCAAUCCUGUUUUCAAAGACAGGGUGGGUAAUCUGCAAGGUAGCAUAGAGUUUCUGGAGCUGUGUGGGUUCCAGAAGCUCAGGAACAACAGCUACCUGGUCAUGCCGAGGGGCAAGGUCGACAUGGGGCUCCUCAACGCGGCAGGAGUCGAGAUCGCAUCUGCCAUGCAAAACCCCUAUUUUGGGCUGCUCUCCAAGUGAACGUAGACGAGCCUCCAUCCCCGGUUCGUCAUCAAGACGGAGCUUUUCCUGCUUCGUACCAAGCUCUGUGGCAAUGAGAUGUGACUGCCAGUUAAUGGUCAGCAACUCAGCACUAUAUACGAUCGGAUCUCGCCGAUCAAAUGCAUCCCCUGUUGCUAGCAAACUGUGGUACCGGGUGUACAAAAUCAAAACAGGUGAGAGACUGACUAGAUGCCUGCGAAAAGAUGGGUCAGGUCCGUAGAAGAACAUAGAAGAACAUGAGCCAUGGCCCCAUAGAAAGUACUACUACUGUAUUUCUCAUCUUACCGUAAGUAAGAACAAAACUAUGUGUAACUAUAACUGUAACUGUAAUUGUGAGUGUUCAUUCAGGAGAUAUCAUCAAGCCAAGUUCAUGCC